UGGCACGGCGCGCCAGAGCAGCCGGCAGCGGUCGACUCGAGAACUCGCCACCUUUUUUGUGCGACGACGACCCUUGAGGGACUCAGCGUAGACGAGCAAGAGUCGAAGCUACCUCCGUUCGUACACGCCCCGCUCACUUGUCGUUCCACACGAGCAAGCCGCUCUCUUGAACCAUGGUGGACCCCACGACAGCUACGCCCGACUCGUACGACGGCGGUGCCAUGACAACAUGCGUGUGUCGUGAUGGGUUUGACCCGAGACGAUUCAUGCUCGAAUGCGCGUACUGCGAGCAUUGGUUUCACGGCGUAUGUGUGCAGCUCAGCGAAGAGAAAGCCUUCGCGAUCGCCAAGUUUGCUUGUCCUGCGUGCACCAACAAGGGCUGCCAAACCAAGUGUCCGUGCCAACUACGACCGUCACCAUGUCCGUGUUUCACUGUUGAAAACGAUAGAUGUGUCCGACCCAAAGCCACCCUUGGACGCAUCGCUCUUGCCGCUUCCUCGGCAGUUCGCGGCGCUCAACAUCAAGCAAGUUCUCUCGGAUCCCACUCCAACUAGCGUCGACAAAGCCAGCGCCAAGAUGCAUCAAAUGCUCGAGUGCGGCAUGUUUGCGCGCUCUGGCGUGCGUCGCAUUCCUGCAACGGCUGUGACCGCUGCCUACAUCCGCACCAACGGGUUUGCUGAGCCCAUCGUAGCCGACGACUCGUUGGGUGCCUUACCUGGGCUGCACGUGCCCGAGUCAUCCAUCCACGUUGACGACGUGCCAAACAUAUUAGCCGCCGCCAAGGUGAUCAAGACAAUCGAUGUGUCGACUCAAGUGCCUCGCCAAGUUUCGUACACGGACGUGCUGUCCAUUUGCAAUGGCGGCGACUCGUGGACUGGCAACGUCGAGUUUUCCGUCGUCGACACGUCGCUCGAGUUUCAAAUCACACCGCCUCAACUUGUUGCCGACCUCGACUGGUUCCACCACCGGUCCCAAACCAACGCAUUCAACCCGAACACGUACCUCAGCAUGUACUCGGUGCACUCGUUCAAGGACUUCAGCAUGAAUCCAAACGGGUCAUCGGCGUGGCUUCAUCAUUUGUACGGCCCGCCACUCACGUUGUUCUUGGUGCCGCCGACGCCGGCGCACCUCGAAAAGUUUGUCGAGUGGAGCGUGAGUCCGGCCCGGGCAACCGUCCACUUUGGCGACCUCGUCGACAAGUGCAUCAAGGUCGACGUGCCCCCGAACACGACCGUCUUUGUUCCUGCUUCGUGGAUUUACAGCGUCUUCGUGCCGUCGGUGUCGAGUGCGACCGCAGCCAAACCGGAGACCGUCGCGCCAGAGACCACCACGGCGGUGUUUGUGACCGCCUACUUCUUUCAUGGGUUUAGCAUGAAGGAGCAAGUCAAAGUGCUCGAAGUCGAGCAGACUAUCGCGCGGAAAGCCACUGCAACAGGCCGCCCACCCAUGUGGCCCAUGGUCACGUCCGCCGCUCAGUUCCCCGCGCCGUCACCAGAGAUGCUCAAAACGUGGGUGUGGCCAGCCGUCCAGCGCUACAUCGGUCGCCUCAGGAGUUUGCAAGUGCUUUCAGAAUGGGAAACGCAGGGGUUGCUCCACAUUUUGCCGCUCCUACGCCACUGCGACGUCCCCAACCAAGGUGACAGCUCCAUCGAUGCGCUGCAGUCGUUGUUGGGUGUAAAGGACCCGCACGCCGCCGUUGUGCCGUCCAACUCGUCGGUCGCGACUGCGAUGCCGUCGUUGGCGACGUCCAAAGUCAAAGUCAAGAAAGCCAUGGCCGCGGCCCCGCCGACCCCGAUGCCUCCGCACGUAGCUACGACGGCGUCGCUCCUGUCUGCGUCCGACUCGUUCCUCAAGCAGCGUGACCGAAAGGUGUGCAAAUGCCACUUGAAAAAGUGUGUGAAUUGCCGCAACUGCACCAAGCGGCAUUGCAUCUGCGGCACGUCCGUAACCACACCGUCGCAUGGGUCCGCCAUGACGGGAACCCUCGGAAACCCCAUGGCCAAGAAACCCACCACGGCGGCAUUCCUUCCUGGGGACAAGAAGCCCAAAAAGAAACCAUUGAAUGGCACGCCUUUGUCCGCGCAAGCAACGACAGCAGGUUCCCAGCAACGCUCGACAACGUCACAGCAACUUGGUCUGCACCACAGCGACCUCUCCCAGGCCCUCCCUCCGUCCGGCGUCCUCGCGCCAUGGACCACUGACGAUGACGAUGACUCGCUCCGUCAGGAUGCCACCUCGUCCAUGUGGGACCACGAUAUGAACCAGUCGUUCUUUUCCGCGACGGAACUCGGGCUCAACAUGACAGGGACUCUCGAGCUCGACGACGCGUUCGGGAUCAUCGACAUGGUCGAGAGCUCAUCCCUAUUUUCAGGGUAUCCAUCCAACGACGGCGUCAAAGCAUGUCUGUCCAACGCUGCAGGCGCUGCGGUCGCAACGACAGCGACGACUGCCACGUCAUCGGCGACCAAGGUCAAGGAAGAAGCGGCUGCAGCACCCACGAGCGUCGCAAGCAUCGCGGCGCCGCCACCUCCCCUCCAGCUGUCGGCGCUCUCGUCCGUCGGUGGCGGAAGCGUGCAGCACUCGUUUCUUUAUGACCCUGCCGCGGCCACCGACACGUACAACUACGACAGCGAGAAAGAAGGCAUCAAGGACUUUGGCGACUUGACGCCCGACGCCGACGGAUCCCAGCGGCAUCGCGCGUCGUGCCAUCGGUGCGGCAACCUCCGCAAGAAGAACGUCCGGUGCCUCGGGUGUCCCCAUAUCUUUUGCCAAAAGUGUGCGGAGAAGAUGGUGGAGGAGCAUGGCGCGCAGACGUUCAUCGGGGGGUGCCCCGUCUGCAAGGAAUUGUGCUGUUGCGGCAAGAACCGAUCGACCGUGUGUCGGCGCAAGUUUCACUGCUACAAAAAGUGUCCGGCCACGAAGCGGUGCAACCUGAACUCGGAUGACCAGGUCAAACUCCGCGGCGACGACGCGGAAGUUUUCAAGGAUGACGACAUGCUCAUGGAGUUCGCCAUGCAUGACGACGACUUGGGUGACCUCGACGGCAACCAUAUCAUGACGAUGCCGCCAUCGCUUGCCGACACGCCGGACGCGUUGCUUCAACAUGCUCUGUCCGUGGCGCCGCCGCACCCGUCCCGCCUCGCGUCGUCUUCUCUCAGCGAGUGCGACUUCGACAUGGAACUGGGGGACUUGGAGUAGACAAUCGAUUCGACGUCCCACGAAAUCGCAAAGCAUGUUCGUCGAGUGCACCUUCAAGUUGCCUGUCUGGCCGUCCAUCGGCGGCACGUCGGCUACGCACUCUCGAGCUACAUUAUCUCCCUUGCAUCCUGGUCGACCUGGCGCGCCAUGUCCCGUGGCAUGCUGGCGUCGAAAGGCGAUGGAACGGUCGAGGACGGAAUUCGUUACGUGUGAUCAUGGCAUCUAGGAUGAC